AUGAAUCGACCCACUACAGCCAACGGUCAAUACCAGACCUACGCCAAUCCCAUGCCCAGCGCCAAGAGGAAACAAAUCACCCCUCUCAAUCACUCAGACCUGUCUGGCUACUAUGACCAUCCAUCCUUUUGCUCAAAAAAGGCCCGUUACGACAAGGACAGUUACAACCCCAAGUACAUGGCUGACAUGUGCUUCAACCAGCACAAGUCAUGCUUGCCCACCCUCGAUAUCGCCGGUUAUCCCCACCACGUUGAACAAGAUUAUCGACAAGAUCUCCUUGUCAUGUUCACGCAUGCUCGCUCCAAGGGGUAUUUCAGGCCAGAUACCGCCGCUCGUCAUAUGAUCCCUCGCCUUGCAGGUCUUGCCCCCCGAACGAGAGCUGAUAAAAUGGCACUUGUCCACGACUUCAUCAGCCACUACAACAGCGUCAGAUGCGACGUGCUCUUCAUCCAAGAUCUGAUGUCUGGUGAUUCUCAGUUCGAUCUUGAUUUUGUCACCACCACACGCACUUGUAUUGCCACUCUACACAUGACGCUCGCCAAAGGUACAAAAUGGCGCACCAUCAUGCCGUAUACGCCACUUCCCACAGCCUGUCUCUCAGUAUUGACAGGUUUUGUCCAACACCCCAAGCAUUGUGAGCUUCUCAGUGAUCUCACAGACAGCGUCCAAGAUAUCAAAAGUUGGCUUAGCAUCCCAUCUCCUUGCAUCGAGUUUUCAGCCACGCUAAUAGACUCUGCCGUGGACACGCUUGCCCAACAGACUGGAAAGACUAACCAUGAAGAAGCAGAGAAUUCCAUCAUAGUCCCUGAAAAUGAGAAAACGGCAGAGCUAAAGACAUUGAAAGAGCAGGUCCGGCUACUUGAAGCCGCGCGCCGCCAAGGCAUUGAACAAGCUCAGGCCGAACGAGUGCAGUUGAACCGGCACAUCGAGGCGCUAGAGGUAGCCUCUGCCGAGAAGAGUGCAAAACAUAGCGCAGGAGAGGAGAGCUGGGUUGCAACUGUAGCUGAACUGGAAAGACAACAUUGCAAGCAGAGUGAACAACAACUACGCGACACGGAGCGACUUACCGCUGCCCUUGCUGCCGACUUUCCUGGGUCUCGGGUUUCUUUGAACAGCUCGGCUAUUACAUCCACAAACACUCUUCACAUUGAGCAACGGCAGCCUUCUCACCCAGACACGCGUCUUUUGACACCUCAAGACUCCCCUAUGCCCAUGGAGGGUAUCUGUGACAGUAGCAUGGAAAUAGAGCAGACAAUUGCUGAUUCAGGAGUCAUACUCCCAGAUCAACCCAAUCCCGGACAACACAACCCCUUUUCCGGCUAUAUAGUCAACAGUAUGAUUUCCCAGGCAUUUUCAGCACCGGGCCAUCGCUUUAAAGAGGCUUGCCAUGACUUCAAGAUGGGCAACUGCACAAACGGUAAGAAAUGCCCAUUGCCUCACACAGCUUGUCGUCACUGGUUGAGUGGCAACUGCAACAACGGGAACAACUGCUACAGAAGUCAUGAUUCUUUUUUUCUUGGGCCAGUCGACCCCCAAAUCUCAACCUAUACCUCCAUCUUACAGACUGAUAAUGCGUCAAGUCAGCGUAGCACCUUGAGUGCCAGCCAAAGACCUAGUCGGCUGGAUCAUCACAAGAAGCAGGCUUGCAGGAAACAUUUGACCAGCAGUUGCAAUAGAGGCCAAGACUGCAAGUAUGCACACGCCCCAUGCCCAUACUUCAUCAAGGGAACCUGUAGAUUUUCCGAUGACAAAUGUAAGAAAAGCCACGAUCCGCUCUUCUUCACGCAGGCCAGUUCUGGCAAUAGACCAUCACACGUGUCACAACCUAGUUCUCAGCAACAUCAUGCACCAACAGAUGUUGAAUCACAACUAGAUGCUAUCCUGCAGGCCGCUAGUAGACCUAACAAACCGGACACGCUGUCUAUAGCAGAUACGCCUUGCAGGUGGCAGAAAAGCCCUGCUGGCUGCACAAAUCCUCAUUGUGAGUACAAGCAUGACCAACCAAAGGCCAAGGGAAGAAGUGGUUGGAACGUGUUCAAUCCCUUGCUCAGUAUACAGGAUAUCCUGAAAAACAACACAAGGUGA